AUGCAAAAUGUAGUCACCUUAUCAUGCCUGCUAGCUCUACUAACCCUUACUGUCACGUCGAAGAAGUUGCCAUUUAUGAUUCGACCCCAUUAUGGAGACAGUCGAUGUGAGAAAGACUUGACUCCAGGUGAUUGUAAUGUUCAACAUUGUAUCGAGUCUGGUCUUGGAGAGGCUUGUGAAUCUCGCUACGUUAGAUUCAUGAGGUCAGAUGGGAAGGAUUACUCCAGGAAGACUUGUCGAUGUCUGACGGUAAGGGAUUUAAUGAUUUAUGAACAUGUGAAGGUUGGAAAAGUUUUGUCCUUAAUGUAUGGGUAUUUGCACGUUCAAAAACGACAAGACUUUUUUACAUUGCCUUACCCUAGCCCACUCUAGCUCUACUUUAUUUCUACCCUAGUCCUACUCCAGCCAUAUCUUAUUAGAAAAAGCAUAAUUUUUUUUAUUGUACCGUUACUAUCAAGUUGUACCAUUCCAGGAGCCCCUAUGCGCCAUAAUGCCAUCGAAUAAACAAGGCUGUGUAACCUAUUCUCAAUUGAACCACCAAGCUCAACGAGUGAUAAGAAAAUGGACGAUGAGUGAAAGUGACAGAGAAUCCAUUACUUUGCACCGUGCACAGUAUCAUGAUGAAUAUAAGUUACAGAAACCCUUAAGGUUACGCUUCAAACAUUCAAACUUGACUAGAGUAAGUUUAUUUUAAAUAUGGGACCGGUUAGAGUAUUGAUUUUAAUUUGGGCGAGGUAAAAUUUUUUCAAAAAAAAUUUUUUUAAUUUAAAAAAUUUUAAGUCUUUAUGAUGACAUUUCUUUUUAGUAUACCGAGACAAAACGUCACAACGAGCUAAUAAAAGGCAAAACAAGGUUUUGUUGUCGGCUACAUCGACCCAUUUAUAAACGAGCUCAGCAUUUAACGUCGCGAGAACCGUAUCAGCCUUCUAGUGGAUAUUCUACUGCCAUUUCUUUACUACCAUUGAUCUCAAUUUUUUAUUUUGUUUAA